GGCAGUAAAUGAAGGGUCAGGUCAGAGUCUGCGAUUUCGGUGACGAACUACCCUCGCUGCCUUCCCCUUUCCUGUUUCCUUAUCCCCCAAGUCACACCCUCACUAUAAAACCACUCUCUCUCCUCUCCCCCUCUCUCAUCCCGUUUCUUCUCCGGGUCGGUUUGUGUCGUCUCCGAGACAAACCCAUCUGAAAAAUAUCCACCUGCUUAGGGACCCGCCGCACAACACCAACGCACACACAGAGGGAAGAAUAUUUUCAAUUUUUCUGUUGUUGUUGUUUUUCACUUGAAAUCCCAGAAAUAAAAUCUAGAAAGAGGGAGACUCACCGGAAGUGCGGGAAAUUUUCUCUCUGCUUCUUAUCAUCUGGGUGGGACAAAUCCGAUCAGUUACAGGUUGGUUUUCUGGGCGUGGAUUUCUUUGAGGAGUUAUUUUGUUCUGAUUCGAUCUCCUAUUUCGGCACACUGUCGGAGAAUAGGAGGUCUGAUAGCCUGGAGGUUUCGCAGAAUAUGAGUUUUCGUGUCCAAAAUGAGCGAAGGGAUAGGUCCAGGUUUCCUGCUCAGCCUGCUACUCAGCCUACUCAGCCUGCUCGUCGAGAGUGGGUGCUGAGAGGUACCGACCCUACCACUACCACUGCUGCUGUUAACCCGCCACCAAGAGUCUACCCGAACAACCCGAAUGUCAAUGCCAACCAGCCUAAUCCAAGAUUCAAUCCAAACAACCCGAACGGCAAUGUUAGCCAGCCUAAUCCAAGAUUUAAUCCAAGCAACCUGAAUGGCAAUCUCAGCCAGCCUAAUCCAAGAUUCAAUCCUAACAACCUGAAUGGGAAUGCUGGCCUGCCUAAUCAUAGCUCUGUUCCACCAUCAGAGAUUCGGCCACACAGAGGAGGAAAUAAUGGCGUUAUUAAAGGCCAUAUGGGCCAGUCAGUGAACCAUAGAAGGGAGAGGGGAAGGAGUGAGAAUCAGGAGGAAAAGGGAUUGAAGGACUCGAAUUUGCCCCAGCUUGUGCAAGAAAUUCAGGAUAAGCUGACAAGGGGCACUGUCGAGUGCAUGAUUUGUUAUGAAAUGGUGAGGAGGUCUGCACCUGUUUGGUCCUGCUCAAGCUGUUACUCAAUUUUCCAUCUGAAUUGCAUCAAGAAAUGGGCUCGAGCUCCCACUUCUAUUGACAUGUCUGCGGAGAAGAAUCAGGGGUUUAAUUGGCGGUGUCCUGGAUGUCAGUCUGUCCAGCUCACAUCUUCAAAGGAGAUUCGAUAUGUUUGCUUUUGUGGCAAGAGGACAGACCCGCCUUCAGAUUUGUAUUUGACACCGCAUUCGUGUGGUGAGCCUUGCGGGAAGCAACUCGAGAGGGAGGUCCCAGGCAAUGGUGUGAGUAAGGAGGAUCUUUGCCCUCACAUUUGUGUCUUGCAGUGCCACCCAGGUCCAUGCCCUCCGUGUAAAGCAUUUGCCCCACCACGUUUAUGCCCUUGUGGAAAGAAAACAAUCACAACGAGAUGUUCUGACCGGGCAUCUGUUCUGACUUGUGGUCAGGAUUGUAAUAAGCUGCUUGAUUGUUGGCGUCAUCGCUGCGAGCGGACUUGCCAUGUGGGUCCUUGUGAUCCUUGUCAGGUUCUGGUUGAUGCUUCCUGCUUUUGCAAGAAAAAGGUGGAGGUUGUUCUCUGUGGAGACAUGACUGUUAAGGGAGAGGUGAAAGCAGAAGAUGGUGUUUUUUCAUGUAGUUCCACCUGUGGAAAAAUGCUUAGCUGCGGUAAUCAUUCCUGCAGUGAGGUUUGCCAUCCAGGGCCGUGCGGAGAUUGCAAUUUAAUGCCAACUAGGAUUAAGACAUGCCACUGUGGGAAGACAAGCUUGCAAGAGGAACGACGGAGUUGUUUGGAUCCGAUUCCAACCUGUUCUCAAUUAUGUAGCAAGUCCCUCCCUUGUGAGAUGCACCAGUGUCAAGAGGUGUGCCAUACUGGGGAUUGCCCACCUUGUUUGGUUGAAGUGACCCAAAAAUGUCGUUGUGGGUCAACUUCUCGGACUGCGGAAUGCUUUAAAACCACAAUGGAGAAUGAGAAAUUCACUUGUGAUAAGCCUUGUGGGCGGAAGAAGAAUUGUGGAAGGCACAGGUGCAGCGAGAGGUGCUGUCCUCUUUCUAAUUUGAAUAAUGCUCUCUUGGGGAAUUGGGAUCCUCACUUUUGCUCUAUGUCCUGUGGGAAGAAGUUAAGGUGCGGUCAGCAUUCUUGCGAAUCGCUUUGUCACAGCGGCCACUGCCCUCCCUGCCUUGAUACAAUCUUCACGGACUUGACCUGUGCAUGUGGGAGGACUUCAAUCCCUCCUCCACUGCCAUGCGGUACCCCUCCCCCAUCAUGUCAGCUCCCGUGUUCAGUCCCUCAGCCUUGUGGGCAUACAUCCUCUCACAGCUGCCACUUUGGAGACUGUCCACCAUGUGCGGUGCCUGUGGCAAAGGAGUGCAUUGGUGGGCAUGUGGUCCUCAGGAACAUUCCUUGUGGGUCGAGGGACAUCAAAUGUAACAAGCUCUGUGGGAAGACAAGGCAGUGUGGUAUGCAUGCUUGUGGCAGGACUUGUCACCCGCCUCCCUGUGAUACAUCUUGUUUGGCAGAACAAGGUUCAAAAACUUCUUGUGGACAGAUAUGUGGUGCUCCUAGGAGAGAUUGCAGGCAUACAUGUACUUCACUUUGUCACCCUUAUGCUUCUUGUCCUGAUAGCAGCUGUGAUUUUCCUGUCACAAUCACUUGUUCUUGUGGCCGGAUGACAGCUAGUGUUCCUUGUGAUUCCGGUGGAAGCAAUGCUAGUUUCAAGGCCGAUACUGUUUAUGAAGCUUCCAUUGUUCAAAGGUUGCCAGCACCACUGCAACCAAUUGAAUCAACCAGCAAGAAUAUCCCGCUCGGACAGAGGAAGCUUAUGUGUGAUGAUGAAUGUGCUAAGAUGGAGCGGAAACGGGUUCUUGCAGAUGCUUUUGAUAUAACUCCUCCAAACUUGGAUGCGCUCCAUUUUGGUGAGAGUUCUGCUGUUUCUGAGUUGCUUUCAGACCUUCUUAGACGCGAUCCCAAGUGGGUAUUAUCUGUGGAGGAGAGAUGCAAGUACUUGGUGCUCGGCAAGAGUAGAGGUGCUACAAGUGGUCUCAAGGUUCAUGUUUUCUGCCCGAUGCUGAAGGAGAAGAGGGAUGUAGUUCGGAUGAUCGCUGAAAGAUGGAAGCUUGCAGUUCAAGCCGCUGGCUGGGAGCCCAAGCGAUUUAUUGUGGUUCAUGUUACACCUAAAUCCAAAGCCCCCGCUCGGAUACUUGGGGUUAAGGGCACAACAACAGUGAGUGCACCCAAGCCUCCGUCUUAUGAUCAUUUAGUGGACAUGGAUCCCAGGCUUGUAGUUUCAUUCCCAGAUCUCCCUAGAGAUGCAGAUAUAAGUGCACUUGUAUUGAGGUUUGGUGGGGAGUGUGAGUUAGUCUGGUUGAACGAUAAGAAUGCACUAGCCGUAUUCAACGACCCUGCUCGAGCAGCAACUGCAAUGAGGAGGUUGGAUAAUGGUGCACUAUAUCAUGGCGCUAUUGUUGUUCACUCCAAUGGCAGUGCAUCUAUGGCGGCAUCAGGUUCUAAUGCUUGGGGUGGAUUGGGGACAUCUAGGGAAGGAGGAGCUUCUGCAGUGCUGAUGGGUAAUCCGUGGAAGAAGACUGUUACACGAGAGUCCGGUUGGAGGGAAGAUUCAUGGGGCGAGGAAGAGUGGCCUGGCAGUUCUACAGAUGCGCCGGCAAACGUGUGGAAUAAAAAAGCACCAAUUGCUGCCUCAGUAAAUCGAUGGAGUGUACUGGACGGUGACACGGCAUUGGGCUCAUCCGCUUCAUCUCUCAGAGUUGAGGACUAUAGAAAACUGUCUUUGGGUCCAUUGAAUUCGGCCUUGGACUCGAAAGCGAGUGGUUCGAGUUCGAGUUCCACUUUUGAAGGGCAGCCUGUUGGAGUUAUUGCAGAAACACCUGAAGUGGUUGAUGACUGGGAGAAGGCCCACCUCCCAAACGGAAAGGCAUGUGAGAUGUGGAUGUUUGAUAAUAUGCAGGAGACAUGGAAACACACACUUCUGUUGUCAUUUCAGAGCCUUGGAGUAAUAUAUGGUCAAAUGAGUACUGCUCCCUUAUACGUCUUCGGGACAUUGACUGCAGAUGAUAUCACAUCAGAGGAGACCGUUUAUGAACUAUUCUCCUUCAUUUUCUGGACUAUUAACAUCAUUUCUUUACUCAAGUAUGCAUUUAUAGUAUUAACAGCUGAUGACAAUGGAGAAGGUGGUACUUUUGCUUUGUAUUCACUUCUGUGUAGGCAUGCCAAAGUUGGUUUGCUUCCAAAUGAAAGUAGUGCUAAUGACGUUAUGCAUUAUGAGACGGGAAGUCCUUUCAAGAUAAAGGCAGAAUCAAGGGCUCGAAGAGCCAUAGAAAAGCUUAGAUGUGGCCAUUAUUUGAUGCUGUUCCUGGCUCUUUUCGGUUCCUGCAUGACAAUUGGCAUUGGGGUGCUUACCCCAACUCUUUCUGUCUAUUCAGUUUCAUCUGGAAUUCAAAGAUCAUUGUCGGAUAUUUCACACAGAAUUUCAGCGUCGGAAAAACAAAGGGAGGCCAUAUCUAGAGCUUUAGAGAAAUAUGUCCCGGUUUCCACUGCAUCUGCUAUAUUGGUGUGCCUCUUCACACUACAGCACUACGGGACUCGUAAAAUUGGGUUUAUUUUUGCUCCAAUUAUCGUCGUUUGGCUGUUCUUUAUUGGUGGAGGGGGUGUAUAUAACAUUUUCCACUGGAACAAAGAAAUUCUCCUUGCUACCUCCCCCAUGUACAUGUACAGAUUCAGGAAUAUUCACAGCAAAAGUUGGAGGUCAUUAGGCAGCAUUGCUUUAUGUGUAGCAGGAUCGGAAGCAAUGUUUACAUCUCUAGGUCAUUUCAGAAGGAAAUCAAUCAAGAUGACAUUUGUAUGCUUCAUAUAUCCAGUCCUUGUUUUAAGCUACGCCGGUCAGGCUGCAUAUAUCUCCAAAAACUUGGAUGUUAGAGAUUUCAAUCAUCUCAGUCAAUCCAUACCUAAACAAAUGCGCCACUGGUUUGUAGCAUUUUCCCUUCUUGCUUCUGUUGUGGGAAGCCAGGCAACCAUAACAGCAUGUUUCUCCAUUAUAAAUCAGUGCCUGGCACUUGGUUGUUUUCCGAGAGUAAAAGUUAUUCAUACAUCAGAUAAGAUACACGGGCAGGUCUACAUUCCUGAUAUCAACUGGCUAUUGAUGGUUCUAAGCCUCGUUGUUACGAUUGGUUUCCAUGAUAUUAUCAAAAUUGGUAGCGCGACAGGUUUGGCUGUAAGUUCUGGAAUGCUUGUAACGACUUGUCUCAUGUCACUAGUAAUUGCGCUAUAUUGGGAGAAAAGUUUGUUUGAGUCGGUCUGCUGUCUAAUAUUCUUUGGAUCCAUCGAGGUGAUGUAUGUAUCGGCUUGUAUGUUGAAUUUUCACAAGGGAGCUUGGUAUUUGGUUGUCCUUUUGGCAAUGUCCCUGACUAUCAUGCUUUCAUGGCAUUACGGAACCAAGAAGAAGCUCGAAUUUGAUAUACAAAACAAGGUCUCUGCAGAAUGGCUUAUAGGCAUUAGCCCGGGCCUCGGAGUUACUAGGGUGCCCGGGAUUGGUUUCAUUUAUUCUGAUAUAGUGACAGGAAUUCCAGCUUUCUUCUCACACUUCAUUACCAAUCUUCCAGCGUUUCACCAAGUUUUGAUUUUCGUGUCCUUCAAGUCUCUGCCAAUGCCUUAUGUCCCUCCAAGUCGGAGGUAUCUUGUUGGCAGGGUUGGCCCGAGGAAUUUUAAGAUAUAUCGCUGUGUUGUGAGAUAUGGAUAUUGUGAUCCUAUUAGGGACACUGAUAAUUUUGAAGAACAGAUUAUUAGUUCGAUUGGUGAAUUCAUUUGCAUGGAAGAAAAUGAUUUUGAUUUCCAAAAUUCAUCCGAAGGAAGAAUGGUGGUUAUUGGAAACCCACCAGCUGAUGGAACCGGAAGUGCUUUGAUUCCCUUGAAUGAUACAAAUUCAUAUGAGAUGGAGUGCGUAAGUAUGGCGAGCAACGAAACUCGGUCUCCAUUAGGUGAUGCAAUCGAGAGUGGUUUUACGCCGGUGAUGAGAAAAAAAGUCCGGUUCAUGUUGCCUCCGAAUAGUCCGCAAAUGCACGUAUCUGUGAGGGAGGAGCUGCAAGAACUGAUUGAUGCUAGGGAGAGUGGGACUGCAUACUUCUUAGGGCAGGUGCAUUUAGCAGUGCGUGACGGAUCAGACAUUCUAAAGCGAUUGCUGAUCAUGACUUAUGUGUUUCUUGAUAAAAAUUGCAGAGAGCCUCCAGUUGCACUCAAUAUUCCUCAUGCUGCUCUUGUUGAGGUUGGCAUGGUCUGUUGCAUAUGAAUUGUAUUGCCAGACGCCGUGCGGGCAGGGGAUCGAGCAACGAGUUGUACAGAGAGCGAGAGGAGAAAAAGAGGACAGAAUCUGCGAUCGGAGGAGAUAUAAGAACUGCUAGUUUAAGUUUCUACCUUGUACUACAAGAUGUCAGGAGUAAAAUCUAUACUGCAUAUAUGAACAAGUAUUUGUGGCCAGGAGUAAUGCUACGUGCAUGCCUAGCAUAUCCUUUAAGCGGUGGAUCGGGAAGAGAUCCUUUCCGGUCUCUCCCACCAAAGUUAAAGUCCACUCAUCUGAAUUUUGAAAUUUAAUCCAACGGCUAUAAGGAAUCUCUUAAAAAAUUAUAAUAAUUUUAACUGUUAAACAAAAUUUUAAGGAUCCGGAUGAGUGAACUUGGUGGCUUUGGUGGGAGAGAUCCAGGGAUGAUCUCUUCCCCGGUGGAUCACAUUCACCUGUUAAAUUAUUUCUCUUGAAGCAUUCAACGCAAUUGAUCACUGACAUUUUUACUUUCUGUAUAAGACCAAGUUAUUUAAUACCAAAUUAGAAUAGCUAAAAACCCAACAGGAUCCUCUUCGGAUCAUUUUUACGAUAAUUCUGAAGAUCUGUAAAUUGUGUUCGUUUAUCGUACAUUGUGUGAUUAGUUUU